CCUCGCUCGCUGCUCCCAACUGCCGGCGCUCGCGGCCAGGCAGCGGCAGGGAUGGCGAGCCGCGGAGCCCGGGCGGUGAUGAGCGCAGCGACUCGGCUAUUGGGUGACGAAGCCUGAGGGACAGGCCGGCUGGGUGCAUAGGGACACCGGAACCCUCGGCCCCGAGAGGGCGAGGGCAAUGGAGGCUAACAUGCCGAAGCGGAAGGAGCCCGGCAAGUCCCUCCGCAUCAAAGUCAUCUCCAUGGGCAACGCCGAAGUGGGGAAAAGCUGUAUUAUAAAACGGUACUGUGAGAAAAGAUUUGUGUCUAAAUACCUGGCAACAAUUGGAAUUGACUAUGGAGUCACAAAGGUCCAAGUCAGAGACAGAGAAAUCAAAGUUAACAUAUUUGAUAUGGCUGGACACCCCUUCUUCUAUGAGAUUGAUUGCACCAAGCAUCGCUGCAUCGAUGAAAAUGAGGGGCGUCUUUGGGCUGAAAGCAAAGGGUUCCUGUACUUUGAAACAUCAGCACAGACUGGAGAGGGCAUCAGUGAGAUGUUCCAGUGCAGGAUGUCUACACAUCUCAUCUCAUUUGAGACUGGUGACAUCAUGUGGCAGACCUUUUAUAUAUCCAUAGUAGACUUAUGUGAAAAUGGCGGGAAACGUCCUACCACAAACAGCAGUGCUAGUUUCACCAAAGAACAAGCAGACACUAUUCGCAGAAUUCGAAGUAGUAAAGACAGUUGGGACAUGCUGGGCAUCAAACCUGGGGCAUCAAGGGAGGAAGUCAAUAAGGCCUACCGGAAGCUUGCUGUGCUGCUUCAUCCCGACAAAUGUGUAGCACCUGGUAGUGAAGAUGCCUUCAAAGCAGUUGUGAAUGCCCGUACAGCCCUCCUAAAGAACAUCAAAUAGAGGGCAGAGGAACCCCCAAACGUGGGGCUCAAGUACAAACAGACGCCCCUUGAGGUGAAAUAACCAGCAUGGAUUUUCCCUUCGCAGAUGCUCCUGCUUUGUUCACCAUGUGCUGUCAUUUGUAAAUUAGUAGUCCAGGCUUCUGUUCACCAUUUUGUAGGUGUUUCACAGUGAGAUGACAUGCAUCUGUAUGCAGCAAGAGAGCCCCGUGUCUCUUAUGCACCGCACUUUGUUUUUUAUUAAGCCAGAUAACUUGGGUGUUUUCUCAGUCAUUCGGAACCACUGUAUUGUAGCAUCUUUUAGACAAUCACUUGCAGAAGUCCAGGAGGUUUCCAAAGAGAGGGAGGACCCUCCCUCCCAUCACCAGAAAAGGAAAGAAAACCAGGAGUGAAAACAUCAAAAACAAGCAAACAACAUCCAAGCCCCUGGAAGCUUAGUAUCACCUUACAAGCAAAUGGCUCCUUUCCCAAUAAGUUCUUUUGCUAGUAUUUUAGUCAUCAGCCUAUACUUAUUAGCUAGGCAUGGUAGCACAUGCCUAUAAUCCCAGUACUCAGGUGGAUAAGGCAGGAGGAUUGUGAUGUUGAGGCUAGCCUUGCUUACAUGGUGACACUCUCUCAAAAAAGAACAGGAAAUGAAAAAAGAAAAACAAGCAAACAAAACCUCCAGUAUAAAUGAGUGAACUCUGGGCAACCCUGUGGAAGAAUGUGAAGUGAGGGGACACUAUUCUGUUGACCUGCCCUUUUAGGACAUUCACUCUGUUUCCCUCUCCAACCACCAGAGGGAGAGACAAGCCAGUGCUAAGAAAAAAGUGGUGGCAGCCAUAGAUGCUGGAUACCCUGCCUGGGGCUCCUCCAGCCCAUCUCAAAUCUCAGGCCUUUGUUCUGUCCUAGAAAUAGGUGCUAGUAGCAGCAAGGAGUGCUGUGCCUCUGGGAAUGAGAACCCAAAGUCUAAGACAGAAGCACUUGGAGGGCACACUGGAGAUUAUGCUGGAGCACUGGCUCAGUUACACAUCGAGGGAAACGCCAACUGAGCUCAGGCAUGUUGAGGACACUAAGAGGGUCCUGCAUGAGACUUGUCCCUGUCCUCAUUCCUCCUACAGGCAGGUAGGUGCUCUUCCACAAGUGAGCCACUUUCUUCCUUACCAGUGUUACUCUGUUUCUCUUCCUCUUCUCACCCCACUUUUAUGUUUAUACCCCACAUCAGCUAUAUUCUUGACUCCCUGGCCUUACUCUGGACCUGGGUGACCAGAGGCAAGUGUGGAUCUCUUGGCGGAAGCAAUGGGACAUCUUUGACCUGUGUAGGGCAGAAUUGGUUUCUGCUUGGGCUCCACAUUUUUUAAUGUUUUGUUUGUUUGUUUGUUUGUUUGUUUUUCCGGUCUUUUUGAAAUGGGGUCUUCCUGUAGCCCCAGCUGGCCUGGAACUCACAGAGAUCCGCCUGCCUCUGCCUCCCAAGUGCUGGGACUACAGGCGUGUGCCACCAUGCCCGGCUUGAAUAGUAUUUCUAAACUUCAAGUAUAUAAACUCAUUUCGCAUUCUCAUGCUUUGGUCUCCGCCUUCAUACAUAGGGGAGAAAUGAUCAAGCAUUGGAACUGACGUCUCUUAUAGCACUUGACAGACCCGGUCUCCUUGCUUGACUCCUGUCAUCUCUCAUUAUGUUACUCAUAUUUUUAGCUGCAGCCACCUGUGUUGAGUUUUGAAGGAUAUAAAGUGUUACUGGACGGAAUUUUAAAUACCUAUCCCAUAUUGGUUGCCAGAUAACAUCUUUACCUAAGAAGAAAAACUCCUUUCUUACAGUCUAAGCCACUGCAGUCUUGGGGAUUUUUUUCCCUCUGCCAUAUAGCAGCCUCACUUUGCAUGACUGUUUUCAGCUGCCCCAAGUUUGUCCUCAGAAGCCCAGAGCAUGGGUCUACAGUGUAAGAUUUGUCCAGAUGAUAAUCAAAAAUGCUACUUUUAAUAGAUUCAGAUCUGGUAUAAAAAGAUUAAGAGAUCUGGUAUAUGAUUUCAUAAUUUCUUCUGGGAUUUUCUUCUGGCCCUCAAACUAGCUUCUGGAAUUAUAGAGCUCCAACCCAAAGUUCUUUUGGGCCAUAAUUCUGCUUAAGGCCUUCCUCAGGCCUAAGGUACUCCAUAUUGGUCUGCUCUUGGAACAAAAUGGAGUCCUGUGGAUGAGGGAUUGUGCAUGGUGCUGUCCGCUUUGGGCCCCGUUGUCACACCUGGUCCCAGUCUUUACCAUGGUUAUUAAAUAACUCAGUUACCUCAUUCCACAACACAGGCAGAUGAACAGUUAAGACAGAGAGUACUCUGGUGUUUCCAUUCAGAUCCUUCAGAGUGACUUGUCAAAACAUAGCCUGGGCUUGUUUCUUAGAUCUUGGGACUCAGUUUCUAACAUCUUCAUUUUUAACCAUCAAGAUGGCCGUGUACUACUUCAUGAUAUGAUAGAGAUGAGAUGAGAAAGUUAAGCCUCAGGGUCCCAGAAUUGUUCUGAUUUCCAUAAUUCAUCAGUCUACAUUAAUAACAGAGCAUGUUUUGCAGUGUAAAUUAUUUUUAGAUACUGACUUCAUGCAUCACUUUACAGACCUCUAUGCGUUCAUUUAAAUUCUUGGCGCAGGUGUGUUCUUUGCCAUUCAACCUUAUUAAAAACUCUUCAGCCAGUUAAGAUUCCAAAAUACAGCAGGAAGAGUCAGAACUCAUAGUCAUUUCAGUGGCUGAGAAGUUUUUUAUACAGGAUCUUGUUUUUCAAAAGAGGAACUAAAAAGUUUGAACAGCUAUUAUUAAAGAAAAGCCAUGUCUCCCACAUCUGAGUCACCAUGAAGUAUGACUUCUUAAACGUGUUCAAAGUCCCCAGAGGCAUUUCAAGUUAAUCUCCCAGCCCACUAAGCACUUUAAAUACAUUCUCCUUUGUGUCUCUGUUCUCCUUUUGUGCCUCCCUAUGAACUCCUAGUCUCAACUGUCAAUAUUUCUUGUCCUUAUGCAAGGUCACUUUAUUUCUUCAUAUAAAUGUAUUCUUGGUUUGUUAGUCUGUUAAUUUAAAAGUCCAGAUAUUAGGGGUUUGUGUUGUAAUCCAAGAUAAAAGUGCUGUUAUUCUGUAGACUGCACACUAUUCUUUAAGGCUUACAUUUACCUCAGGAAAUUUACUCUAGUAUAUUCUCAAGUGGUAAAUACUUAUAACUGCAAACUGGUACCUAAUUCUUAGUUUAGUGAAUAAGGCAGCUAGAUGUCUGAAAGCUCACCAGAGUGAAAAGCACACCUGUGAGCUUGCAUCAUGGAGGAGUGGCUGUUCCUCCUAGAGUGCUGAUAGUCACCAGGGAGGACAUGAUUUCCAUCUGAAGUUAGAAAGAGGGAAGCCAGGUGUGGUUGCCUUUAGUGGUGACAGUGCCCUCCACCACGUCAGCUCGCUAGCCUCUGGAACGGUGCCUCCCUUGCCACUGCAUCCCAUGGAGCCACAUCUGCCAGAAUUUUUGUAAAAUUUGUGAAAAUGAAUUUAGUUGCAAAACAGAGCUAAGCAACUUCCAUUGCAUGAUUUGCAAGCCAAGAAUGAUUGGUACUUCUCAUAACUCGGUAUUGAGCACAAUCUGAAGACAUAGUGUCCUUGGACAUUGAUUGUUCCAUUACCUGUUUCUGUAGAAGAUACAGGCAUUUGUUGGUGGUGGCAAUGCUAAGUGGUGGGAUGACUGCUGGAAAAUUGGACAGUUGGGUUGACUUCCUGCAUCAUUUGCACCCUGGGCAUUCUUCCCUUUGACUGUGAAUGCAGUUUAUCAGCAAACAUUUUGCUCUUACAAGGUAAUCUACAUAUUUGCUUUCUGUAGAAUAACUCCAAAUGUUAAAUCUACCAGUUAUGUCUUGUAUACAGAGUGUCAUAUGUAUUUAAGUUGUGUAUUUUUAUAAAGUAAAGCCAAAUAGCAAACA